AUGAGCACAGAAGUACCAAGCUCCGGGCCCUCAGGGGAGCCUACCAGGAGUGGAUCCGUCAAGCGGGCCAGACAAAUGCUGGAUGCUGGCAUGCGUCCAGAACGAGCCUCGCCACCCCAGCAGAUGGGAUAUCCUCCAGUCCCGAGGAAUGUCUCCCAUCAAACACAAUGGCCUCUUCCUGAUUCGGGUCUCCCAUCGCACCCGAUCAAUCAACAUCCUAGGUAUUUGGUUCCCCGUGGUCCUCCACCUCCGAGACCACCUCAUCCGAGUGAACUCCCUUCGCCAUCCAUUUACUCAGAACGGGAUGGCCCAAUCUCCGAAAGAUGCUCAAGUCCGAGCCAAAGACCUCCCCGUUCCUUCUCACAGCUUCAGCCGCCUCCACUUGCGCAUUCGCGCGGGCCGGUAAACGAUGCCCCUGCCAGUCCCACCAGCACAAUCGACAUGACUCCUCGAAUAUCGAUUGCAACAGAGGAUUUGUUUAGACAAUCUGUGGCUUCAUCGACGCCUUCUGUUCCUAAUAUGCCCCAAGUUCCACCUACCUUUCUGCUGUCCGAGUCCGGUCUUUCUCAGGAUGACCCAAGGCACCGGACGGCAGGUCUUGUGGCACCGCUCAAUGCGCGAAAGCCUGGCCGGGCUCGUCAAUCAUCUAUUCCCCCCAUCCCGGAAGCAUUCGCCGACCCUCGCUUUACAAAAUGCUCCGUCGCAUCUAGCCGAGCCAUCCCUUCAAGUUGGGGAUCUGGUCCCGCCGAAUCUGAGAUUCUAGGAGCAUAUCUCGACAUGGAAUCAGACGAUGGCCAGCGCUCACCGGGCCUUCAAGAGGAUGAUACAAGCCUUGUCCGAAGUGCCAGUGUUGGAAAGCGGGGAAAGCCGACAAUGCGUACCAUCCUCAAGUCUAAUCCUGUUUCCGUUGUAAGCAUGCCAUCACCCACCCAGGAGGAAUUCACCAAGAACACAGCAGCACGAUCUAUCGGGCCGGACGCUGCUGCAAAUCAGGUGCCCCGUAUACCAAGCCAAUUACGAAACUCGUCUACUACAGCAUCGAGUGAGUCGGUGAAAGGCGUGGACCCCGAAAAACCACCCUUUGCCCCGCAUUACGACUCGCCCUCCGAUGCACGCCUCGAAAAAGAGCUCGAGGCCUUCGGAGCGCUGCCUCACGCAGCACCAACAAUGAGUGACAAGAGACCUGGCGGUCGCAAGCCUCCUGCUUUAAAUAUGAAUGCGGUACGGGAUGCAGAGGCUCGUGGGAGCCUUUCCAGCCUAUCGGAUUUGAUUCGGAGGGCGACAAAGCUUGCAUCGAAUCUAGAUCAUGGGAGAACUGCCAGCAAAGCUAAUAAUCUGGCUGGUGAUGAAGCAGGGUUCAGGGCUGGGAUGGGACACCGACCACGCAAGUCCGGCUCUCUAUCGGACAUGCUCGCCUCCUUCCCCCCGCCGGGUUUGGCGACACCCGAAGGUCGCGGAUCACGUACCUCGUGGCCCUUCUUUGGACGCUCCAACUUGCGAAAUGUUGAGCAGCUUAACUCUAGUGAUGACGAUCCAAAUGUCCCCCGACGCAAGAAGACGUGCUGCGGAAUGCCACGGAAGAUCUUCGUGAUCCUCUGCAUCGUACUUUUCAUCAUUGUCGUUCUCGCGGUUCUUCUCCCUGUGUUCCUUGUCGCCGUGCCUCGCGAGAAAGCCAACUCGUCCUGUGCUGAAAAGAACCCCUGCGAGAAUGGAGGCGUGAGUGUUUCAGCCGGUUCCCAAUGCUCGUGUGUUUGUGCAAACGGGUAUACCGGCUCGAAAUGCAAUAUUGCGGGUGAUAGUAGCUGCACCACCGCCCUGAUAAGGAACGGAUCGAAUGCGACCAUGGGCAGUUCACUCCCUACUCUGUUCGAAGAAUCCAAAGAAAAAUUCGACAUCACCCUCGACUCUGUCACAAUCAUGGCUAUCUUCAGCAUCAACGAUAUCUCCUGCAAGACCGAAAAUGCUCUCGUGGCUUUCAGUGAGGUUACAAAUGACAACACGAACAAGACCCGCCGAUCCGUACAGUCUAUAGCCGACUCGAUCCCAUCCGUCUCGACAACCAACCCCACACCAGCCUUGGCUGUCCGUGCUGAGGCCACUAUGAACGGAAUCCUAUACGACGACUCGGCAUCAAGCAAGUCAAGUACGACCACGUCGACAUCCACACAAACCGAGUCAGCGACGACCGCCUCCGCUACCAAAAUCAGCGUUCAAUCGACUGCCGUCAACCCAGAGACGUCCACGUCCACUGCGACCAGCGUUCCCGAGAACGUCGUUGAGUUUUCUCGGGUUGCGGUGUUGUAUAUCCUGCAGAAGACAGGCUCCCUUGACACGGCUUUGUCUUCCGAGGAAGACAUCCAAGGGUACCUGGUUGAUUCCUAUGCGAACACGACUCAGCCAGCCCUGAAGGUGGGAUCGUUUAAUAUGGAUUUUGAGAAGUUGACCAUCACGCUUCCCAAUAGCACGGUGAAGGCGCAGUGA